AUGUCUUUGUCAUCAAGCGACAACAACGUGUUUGGCCAUGUAGCACCGGGAUGGGAAAGUGUGCGUACAAAAUUCGAACAAAAUUUAACUGACGGACACGAUAUCGGGGCAAGCCUAUGUGUUUAUCAUCUUGGAGAAUGCGUCGUGAACUUGAUCGGUGGUUGGAAAGAUGCAAAGACAAAGAAAGAACCAUACACACCAGAUACCUUACAACUUAUAUUUUCAACUUCAAAAGGCGUUGCAGCGGCAGCCGCGGCAUUGUGUGUGGAGAAAGGUUGGCUCGAUUAUCAAGCACCUGUAGCCAAGUACUGGCCAGAGUUUGGUGUCAAUGGAAAGGAGAGCAUAUUGGUGGGCGAUUUAUUAUCUCAUCGAGCUGGUCUUCCAGGUGUUGAUCAACAACUCACAGUCAAUGACGUAUUCGAUUGGGGUCGAAUAACUUCUUUGUUGGCCGAGCAGAGGCCUUAUUGGAAACCUGGAUCAACACAUGGGUAUCAUGCCUACACAAGUGGAUUUCUGGCUGGCGAACUCAUUCAGCGAGUCGAUCCAUAUCAUCGCUCCUAUAGUCAAUUUGUUCGUGAUGAAUUGGAUCCUGAAUUCUAUGUAGGAGUAUCUGAUGACAAAGUCGAAGCCCGCAUCGCUCCUCUUCUUAUUAAAGUAAGAGCAUCUUAAAAGCUACUCUAGAAAUUUAUUGUAAAAUCCUGACGCAUAUCUUUUCGAUAGCAAGACAUCGAAAUAACAAUAACAGCUGCGUAGCAAUUAUCAAAAAAUUCUCAUGCCUUGUAAUUUUUUACACUUUCCUGAGCAUAGUUUUAUGGGAAAAAAAUAAUCAAAAAAGAAUGAAUGGUGGUAAUUCAGUUUUCCCAAAAGAAAAGAACAAAUAUCAACAUUUGAAAUGCAAUCAGAACCCGAAGUAAAUUCUAAGCUUUGUGAGAGUAGCUUUGCCAAUCUACCUAAAAAUCUUUUCGAUCUCUUGAAGUUCAGAGUCCCCCCGAUGAGAAAAGUGCAACAGUUUCUAUCACAUGUCUAAUCUUUUCAUACAUCUUGCGACUUUCAUCGUAAAUUUUAUCUGUAAUUCGUAAUGUAGAUAAUUGCAACGUUGAAAUAAAGGAUAACUCUUAUACGGGUUUCUUGUUCAGCUGCUUGUAAUCCUACAUCUAUUAGUGUCAGCCAAAUAACAUUUCUCUUUUUUGAUCUCUAAUUUCUGCUUUUCUCAUAUUUGUCAUAGGUUACUUUGGUGAAAAAUCAGAGAUUUAAUAAAAGUUGAAAACAAUUUGAGACUUGCCAAUACCUCUCAUGCACUCUGUUUCUCUUUUUUCUUUAAGGAAGGCACAGGCCUUGCUAGUUUACCUCAAAUGGAUCAUCUCACAGAAAAGUCGAUGACAUGCAGCGGCGCCUUCCCUUUGAAAGUGCCCAAUAGUGGUGAAUUUGUUUUCAAUCAACCUCGAGUACAUCAAGCUGUCAUACCAGCUGC